GAGAUUCUGAAAGAACGUCAGGAAGUUUGAAUAAUUAAGUUUUAUUACAUUUUUUCAGUGUGUAUGGUUCGUAUGGUUUUGUUUAUUGUAAAAAUAGGCUGAAGUGGGAAUAUAGCAAUCGCUUCAUUUGUAUAAAACACUCGUUCUCUACCAAGAGAUUAUAAAUCGUAGUUUUUUUCCAUAAGUAUCAAAAAUUUCAAGUGUUUUAUAUUAAAAGAUUACUUAAAAUGAAGUGAUAUUUAAAUGAAACAUGAGUGAUAGCCAUCAUUUAGGUCCCACUUCGUCUGUAGGAGAGAUAGAACAUAUAGAAUCUCUCUCUGAUCAAAUUGGAUAUCUUUGCUUAAGGGAUGAUUACAGUGAUGUUACUUUGGUCGUUGAAGAGGCACACAUUCCGGGACAUAAGGUCAUCCUUGCCUCUAGGAGCGAAUAUUUUAGAGCAUUAUUAUAUGGUGGAAUGAGAGAAUCAUCACAAGAUGUAAUUGAAUUAAAAGGAACAUCUUUAGUAGCUUUCAAGAUCUUAUUGCGCUAUAUUUAUACUGGUCGUAUGACAUUAACAAAUCUUAAAGAAGAUAUGAUUUUGGAUAUACUUGGUCUGGCUCAUCAGUAUGGUUUUGUCGAACUGGAAACGUCUAUUUCUGAAUAUCUGAAAGCAAUUUUGAACAUCCGUAAUGUUUGUAUGAUAUACGAUACAGCAAAUUUAUUCCAUUUAUCAUCAUUGGCAGAAGUAUGCUGCUGUUUUGUUGAUAAACAUGCCCAAGAAAUUAUUCAACAUGAAUCAUUUUUAUCAUUAUCAUCAGCUGCAGUAAAAGAAAUGAUAAGUAGGGAUUCAUUUUGUGCACCAGAAGUCGAUAUUUUUCGAGCUGUCUAUAAUUGGACACAACAUAACUCUGGAAUAGAACCACAGGAAAUUUUAUCUUGUGUUAGGUUACCCUUAAUGACAUUACAAGAUCUUUUGAAUAUUGUGCGUCCAACUGGAUUGGUUAAAGCAGAUAUUAUUCUCGAUGCAAUAAAAUCUCGAACUGAAAGCCGUGAUACCGAUCUGAAAUAUAGAGGCUAUUUAAUUCCCGAAGAAAAUGUGGCCUCUCCUAAGCAUGGAGCAAGAGUACUUCAUGGUGAAAUGAAAUCAGCUUUGCUUGAUGGUGAUGUUCACAAUUAUGAUAUGGAAAGAGGAUUUACUCGACAUCCCAUUGAUGACAAUAAUGGCCAAGGCAUUUUAGUUAAAUUAGGAAUGCAGUGCAUAAUCAAUCAUAUGCGAAUGUUAUUAUGGGACAGAGAUAUGAGGUAUGUGUUUUUAUUUAUUUUUAAAAGUUUAUAAACUGCAAUGGUCUUU